AUGGGUUUCGAUGGCCCAAACAACGGCAAUAUAAUUUAUAGAAAGGCAGACCUUGAAGAUACAGAAAAUGAAGAUGUCUGGGAUGACAGCGCGCUGAUUAAUAUGUAUGAUGAAAUAAUCAACCGAACUUAUGAUUCUCUUGGUGCGCAGUGUGCUUCGGCAACAAAAAAAAAGAAAAAAUUUCGCAAGGCUUCAAAAAUAAAGUGGCAUGUUGGUGACCAUUGUAUGGCGCCUUAUUAUAAUGACCAGCUAUGGUAUCCAGCGGUUGUUAAAAAGCUCGAUUUGGAUGACGGUAAAUGUGACGUGCUUUACGAUGUUUACGAUGAGUUAGCACGUGUUAGUAUUGCGGAUCUCACGAAGUAAGUGAACUAUUUCACGUUGUUUAAAUUCGUGGUUGAGAAGAGUGAUAAAUAUAGGAGUAUUUGUACAAGAUUUUUUAUAAUCCAAGAAGACAGUAUUUCCCCACUAAAAUUUUUCUUUUGGUUUUGAUUUCUAACACUGUCAUUUGACUGGCGAAGUGCUUGCAAUCUGGUUGUGAAAUUUUAAUUAUUUUAAAAGAUUAUGUUUAUAUGUGUUCUUUACUGUAUAUGUCCUCAUGUUGACAGAUGAUUGAGAAACCAGAAAAUUACUAUCAUACUACUGUCAUUAAAAUUUUG